UUCGAACCGCCGUCUCGGUUCAGGAAUCCAAACUUUAAAGGCGUGACAAAUUUUUUUUUCUCUUCCUACCUUCCUCUUCUUCGUCUUUUUCAUUUUUCCCCCUUCAUACACACUAAAAAAUGAAGUCCAUCUUUGCUGUGUUGGCUCUUGCCGUUUCCAUCGUCUCUGCUCAAGUGAACAUCGUGAGCAUCACCUCUCCUUUGACAGGCACCGUCUACACCGCUGGCAAGACCGCCACCAUUACCUGGAUCGAUGAAAAGGUUGAUACCAUUUCUCAAAUUGUCUUGGCCAAGGGUCCUCCCACUACUCUUCAGUUUGUUGCCACUGUUGCCCAGAACGUGGAUGCUCACUCCCGCUCCUACACCUGGAACAUUCCCAGUGAUGUUCAACCCGGCUCUGACUACGCUUUCGAAUUGGGUACCUCCCCCAACUUGAGCUUCACUGGUCACUUCACUAUCCAAGCUGCCGAUGGUUCUGCUCCUGCUUCCAGCUCUGGUUCCAGUGACAACUCUGCCUCUGCUUCUUCUUCUGCUGCUCCUUCUGCCGCUUCUUCCUCCUCUGCUCAAGUUCCCAGCCAGCAGCCUGAUAACCAGAACCAGAACCAAAACCAGAACCAGAACCAGACCCCCAACCAGAACCAAGCCGCUUCCAUCUCCAACUCUCCCGCUGUGCCCUCUUCUUCCAGCAGCCCUGCUCCCCAGAACAAUGCCGGCUUGAAGACCACCGCGAAUGCCGUGGGCGCCCUCAUGGUUGCCGGUGUUGCUGCUGCUGCCAUGCUUUAAAGGUCAUUGGAUAAUUUGUAUUCCAUAAUUUUUCUUUUCUAGUCUCUGCUACAAUAUAAUGAGCUCCUGUUUACAUAAAAGACGUUUUAUAACGUUCAAUUCAUUCUGGUAAUAUUUGAUAAUAAAUGCAAUCUUUUUUAUUUUCCUUCACGU